GUGGGGGCUGACGGGCUGCUGAAGCUCAGCGGCUCCGCGCUCAACAAUGAGUUCUUCACCUCGGCCGCCCAGGGCUGGAAGGAGCGGCUGGCAGAAGGCGAGUUCACCCCCGAGAUGCAGCUCCGGAUCCGGCAGGAAAUCGAAAAGGAGAAGAAGGUGGAGCUGUGGAAGGAGCACUUCUUCGAGAGCUACUACGGCCAGAGUUCUGGGCUGAGCCCCGAGGAGUCGGAGCGGCUGACGGCGCAUCCCGAGGCAGAGCCCGCCCAGCCCCGGAGCAGCCCGGCAGCUCCACGCCGGGAACACGGCCCCUCUGCCCCCGAGGCCAAGGCACAGCCAGCCCAGGAAGCACCAGCAGCGAAAAAAGGAGCAGAGGAAGGAAGAGAGGAGGCACCAAAGCCGGCCAAGCCCCCCGAGGCCUCGGCGAAGCCCAGCGACCGUUCUGUCCCCGUCAGAGAGAGAGUCCAAGGAGAAUCCGUGCAGGACAGACCCCAAAGUGCCACCAGGCAGAAGCCAGAGGAAGAGAGGAAGCUCAGUGCAGCCAAGGAGGUGCCAGGGAACGAGGCUGUGGGUGCCCCCAGCAAACCAAAGAGCCCCGGGGCAGGGGAGGCAGCAGCCAAGGGGCAGAGCCCGGCGGGGGCUCCGGCCCCACCCGAGGAGAAGCCCCCCGUGAGUGAGGACAUGGAGGUCAGCGUGGAGCCCCACAAGAGGAAGGCAGAGAGCCCCGAGGAAGCUCCAGCCACCCCUGAGAAGAAGCCCCGGGUGGUGGAGCCCUGCAGGCACCACCAGGCCUUUCGGGGCCAGCCCCAGCCCUUUCCUGGCGCCGGGACCCCCGUGCCACGAGUGCCCCCCCUCAAGAUCCCCGUCUCCAGGAUCUCCCCGAUGCCAUUUCCUGCGGGCCAGGUCUCUCCCAGGGCACGUUUCCCCCUCUCCCUCGCCAGUCCGGGCAGGACAGGGGCCAGGACCUUGGCCGACAUCAAGGCGAGAGCCCAGCAGGCCAAGGCUCAGAGGGCAGCGGCCGCCGCCGCCGCCGCCAGCGCCGCCGCCGCCGCCUCGGCCGGGGGGACCGUGCCGGGGCCCGGCCCGGGCGGGGGGAACACCCAAACUGGAACGGCGGGAAACCCACUGGAACUGGCAGGAACUGGAGGCGGGGGAGGUUCGAGAAGGUUUCUUCCCCGUUCCCAGCUGGAGAGCCCGGCGGCGGAGCAGGGAGCUCCUGGCCAUCCUCCUGGAGCACAACUACAGCCAAGGGCCCCCGGGCCCGGCUCCUCCUCCUCUGCAGCCCCGGCAGUGACGGUGACCCCGGGGACGGGAUCCCCUUGCGCUGGGACACCCACGGCCUCGGGAGGGACCAGCUCUGAGGAUUCCAAAAGCAAACCCCCUUCCCCUCUGGUGUCCUCACUUCCACCCACAGGCCCCGAGGCCCAGGCUGGAGCCGUGGGCGCCGCUGCCCCCGUCCCGCCCUGCGGCGCUUCCUCGGCAGCCCCCGGCCUUAAAACCCCCCCCAGAGCCAGCUCCAGUAUUCCUGCCAACAACCCUUUGGUCACCCAGCUGCUCCAAGGCAAGAGCGUCCCCCUGGAGCAGAUCCUGCCGAAGCCGCUCACCAAGGCAGAGGUGAGAGCGGUGCCCGUGGCCCCUCGGGAAGAGAAAGGGGCGGCGGCUCCUCCCGCUGCUCCCGGGAACAGCGCCGGGGCCGAGGCGGGCGACAGACCGUCGGGUUUGCCCUCACAGCAGCUGGGGAAGGUCUUCUGCCAGAACAGGCCUCUGCCUCACAUUCCAAGGACCUUCCCGCUGCCCUCGGGAAAGGAGCCCGGCCCUGAGCAGCAGCAGAGCCACGAGGCGCUGAGCAAGGCGACCCAGGAGCAGAUCCUCCAGACCCUCAUCAAGAGGGUGCAGAGGCAGAACUCGUUGCCCGUCCUUCAGCCCUCGCAGCUGAACCCCCCACACUCAGGUUUCCCGGCGGAAAGCAGCUCCACCAGCCAGAGGUUCAUGCUGGGCUUCACGGGCAGGAGGACGUCCAGGCCUGCCAUGUCCGGUCAUUACCUGCUCAACGUCUCCACCUACGGCCGCGGCUCGGAGAGUUUGAGGAGAGGCUUCUCCUUGAACCCCGAGCUCCGCCUGGGGCUGAGCAGUCCCGCCGAGGGUCCCAGGGCAGAGUUUGGGGAGUGCGAGGAGGGGCCCGGCCGGGGCAGCAGCAGCAGCAGCGAGGAGGACGCGGACGACGAGAGCACCGGCGACGAACAGGAGCACUUGGGCGUCAAGGAGGAGUCUGGUCAGCGUGAGAGAGAGCGGGGGUCUCACAGCACCAGCCCCGCGGAUCCCGGCUCCCUGAGGGCGAGGGCUGGGAAGGCCGAGGCCGGCGCUGGCACCAAGGAGAACCCUCCGGCGCUGGACGGCACCGCGCUGGCCCGGGACCUGCUGCAGGCGGCGCAGGAGCAGAUGGCCCACGCCAUGA